AUGGGGACAGGGGGACACACCCCGGCUCUGCCCCACCCCAGUCCCCCAGAACUGCCCCCCGGGCACCCAGAACUGCCCCCGGGCACCCGGAACCGCCCCCCGGGCACCCAGAACUGCCCCCGGGCACCCGGAACUGCCCCCGGGGUCCCGGUGCCCGCUGUGCCCGCAGGCAUCGGGCUGGACUCCUGCGUGGUCCCGCUGAGGCACGGGGGGCUCUCGCUGGUGCAGACCACCGACUUCUUCUACCCCCUCAUCGACGACCCCUACAUGAUGGGCCGCAUCGCCUGUGCCAACGUCCUGAGCGACCUGUACGCCAUGGGGGUGACAGAGUGUGACAACAUGCUGAUGCUGCUGAGUGUCAGCCAGCGCAUGAGCCACGAGGAGAGGGACAAGGUGAUGCCGCUGAUCAUCCAGGGGUUCCGGGACGCGGCCGAGGACGGGGGGACAUCGGUGACAGGGGGACACACCGUGCUCAACCCCUGGCUGAUCGUGGGGGGCGUGGCCACCGCCGUCUGCCAAUCAAACGAGUUCAUCAUGCCGGACAGCGCCGUGCCCGGGGACGUCCUGGUGCUGACCAAGCCCCUGGGGACACACAUGGCUGUCACCGCCCACCAGUGGCUGGACAUGCCCGAGCGCUGGAACAAGAUCAAGCUGGUGGUGACGCGCGAGGAGGUGGAGCUGGCCUACCAGGAGGCCGUGGCCAGCAUGGCCACGCUGAACCGCACCGGGGGGCUGCUGGUGGUGCUGCCGCGGGCGCAGGCCGCGCGUUUCUGCGCCGAGCUGAAGGCGCCGGGCCGCGGGCCGGGCCUGCAGGCCUGGAUCGUCGGCGUGGUGGAGAAGGGGCCCCGCGGCGCCCGAGUCAUCGACAAACCCCGGCUGAUCGAGGUGCCGCCCCGCGGGGCCCCCGAGAGCCCCGGGGAGCCGCCCCCGGAGCCGCCCCGGGGCCCCUGCUAGGGGAGAGACCCCCCGAGACGGCUCCCGCACGAGGGACCCCAAAGAGACGCACGAGGGACCCCAAAGAGACGCACGAGGGACCCCAAAGAGACGCACGAGGGACCCCAAAGAGACGCACGAGGGAACCCCAAAGACAGGCACGAGGGAACCCCAAAGAGAGCCCCAAAACCAGGGCAGGACCGCCCGACAGAGCCAUGCCGAGACCACGGCUAGGGGAUCCCAAAAAAACCCAAAAAAAACCCAAAAUUGGGGCAGAUACCCCUAACAGAGCCACGCCGAGACCACGGCUAGGGGAUCCCAAAAAAACACCAAAAAAACCCAAAAAAACCCCAAAAUUGGGGCAGGACCACCUGACAGAGCCACGCCGAGACCCCUGCUAGGGGAUCCCAAAAAAAUCCCAAAGAAAACCCCAAAAUUGGGGCAGAUCCCCCCGACAGAGCCACGCCGAGACCCCUGCUAGGGGAUCCCAAAACAACCCAAAGAAACCCCCAAAAAUCCCCAAAAUUGCGGCAGAACCCCCUGACAGAGCCACAUGGAGACCACAGCUGGGGAUCCCAAAAAAACCCCAAAAUUGGGGCAGAACCGCCCGACAGAGCCACGCCGAGCCCCCUGCUAGGGGACCCCAAAAACCCCCCCCAAAAAUCCCCGGGGCUCGCUGUGGCCAAAAUCCCCAAAAGUCAAAAGAAA